UAUACCAUUUGUUGUAACUCUUUAAAACCAAAAUUAAAAUCCUUAACCCCUUUAUGUUACAAAAAGCAAUGAAGAGCGUUUCAAGAAACAGGUUCUUGCUUUGUUUUCGACCCGUUGUUGAUAUGGAAGGCGUUCUUCAGGCUAAAAGUCUCGUUGAUAGCUCGGCUAGUCAAGGUUUACCGUUUAUCAGUGUGGAAAACAAAGAGGAAACGAAGGUUUCAAUGUCUCCGAAGCGAACCUUUUCUCGGGUGGUUAAAGCUGUGAUGUUUGGAACAAUAUUGAAUAAGAGAGUUCGUGAUAGAAAAGGUUGUCAUCAAGAUUCAUAUCAAUCAAAGCGUGGUCUUUCAAUGAACUAUGAAAGGAACCGGGCAUCAGUGGAUAAUACUAAUUCUGGGUUGUCACAUUCAUCUUCCUACGCUUCAUCAGAUUCUUCGUCUUGCUCAGGUUCAAUAUCAGAAUCAAAGAAUUCUUCCAUCAUAACAAAAGAAACAUGCAGCAAAAAUCAGGAGCUUGAAGAGAAGCCAGAGAAGGUUGACAUGUUGGAUUGCUCUAGUUUCAACUCUGGCAUAUGCUUGCUUGUUAUUAGCCUUAUAAUAACAAUAUUGUUGGGGAAGCUUUGUGCUAUUAUUUUCACGUCAAUUUUAGUAUACAUUGUGCCUCGCCAGCGUUAUGACCGACAAGAAGACGUGAUCAGAUUGGCAAAACCAAAGUCCAGAGACUACAGGAAAGGAGUCAUACCCUGAAGAGUAAUGGCUACUUGAAAGGAAACGCUACAAGGACAUUUAAUUCUUGAUGUGAAAAUUCUUUGUUUCAUGCUAGAUGCAUCUUUGUCAAGGGCUCUUUUGGUUUGCAAAUGAAAUUAUUCUCAGAGCACAAGAGACAAACACUUCUGUUUCUUGUGCCCGGCUUUUUUACACUUUUG